GGGGGGCGGUGAAAGGAGCUGCUGACGAAGAUGGCGGCAGAAGCGCUGGGCGAAGGGGAGGUGCCAGCCCGGGACUCCAGCCGGAGUGAUGCCAUCUGUAGUUUUGUUAUCUGCAAUAAUUCUUCCCUUCGAGGUCAGCCAAUUAUCUUCAAUCCUGACUUUUUUGUGGAGAAGCUCCGACAUGAGAAACCUGAGGUGUUCACUGAGUUGGUGGUCAGCAAUAUCACAAGACUUAUCGAUUUACCGGGAACUGAGCUGGCUCAGCUGAUGGGAGAAGUGGACCUUAAGUUGCCUGGUGGGGCUGGUCCUGCAACAGGAUUCUUCCGGUCUCUGAUGACUCUCAAGCGGAAGGAAAAAGGAGUGGUAUUUGGAUCUCCACUGACUGAAGAAGGCAUUGCCCAAAUAUACCAAUUGAUUGAAUAUCUUCACAAAAAUUUGCGAGUAGAGGGUUUGUUUAGAGUACCAGGCAAUAGUGUUCGACAGCAGAUUUUAAGAGAUGCUCUCAAUAAUGGAACUGAUAUUGACUUGGAAUCAGGGGAAUUUCACUCAAACGAUGUUGCCACCUUGCUGAAGAUAUUUCUAGGAGAGUUACCGGAGCCCUUACUGACACAUAAACAUUUCAAUGCACAUCUCAAAAUUGCUGAUUUGAUGCAGUUUGAUGAUAAAGGAAACAAGACCAAUGUACCAGAUAAGGAGCGGCAAAUUGAGGCUCUUCAGUUGCUUUUCCUCAUUCUCCCUCCACCCAAUCGUAACUUGUUGAAGUUAUUGCUUGAUCUCCUGUACCAGACAGCAAAAAAACAAGAUAAGAAUAAGAUGUCUGCCUAUAACCUUGCUCUUAUGUUUGCACCACAUGUCCUAUGGCCAAAAAAUGUCACUGCAAAUGACCUUCAGGAGAAUAUUACAAAGUUAAACAAUGGGAUGGCUUUUAUGAUCAAACACUCUCAGAAGCUUUUUAAGGCUCCUGCUUAUAUUCGUGAAUGUGCCAGGUUGCACUAUUUGAGCUCCAGAAAUCAAGUCUCAAAGGAUGACCUUGAUCUUACGGCUUCAUGUCAUGCUAAGUCCUUCCAGCUGGUAAAACCUAAGAAAUGGAACCAGACAGAUUCCUCCUCUCAGCAGGAGGAAACCCAGCAGCGGACAGAAGAGGCCCUGCGAGAGCUCUUCCAGCAUGUUCACAAUAUGCCAGAGUCAGCAAAGAAGAAGCAGCUUAUUCGACAGUUUCAUAAACAGUCUUUGACCCAAACACCAGGCAGAGAACCGUCUACUCCCCGUGUCCAGAAGAGGGCCCGUUCGCGCUCCUUUAGUGGGCUAAUUAAGCGCAAAGUCCUGGGAAGUCAGAUCAUGACAGAAAAGAGAAACAAGUCCCCUACUCGAGAGUCUAUGGCCAUGAGUGAAUUGAAGAGCACCAGCAAAGAAAAUAUGAACUUAUCAUAUUCUGGUUCUCCUGCUGUCAUGACGCCAACAAGAUUGAAAUGGUCUGAGGGGAAGAAGGAGAGGAGAAAAGGAUUCCUCUGAAGGAUUUAGACCUCUCCUGUCAUCCACCAGAAUUUUCUCCUUAGUGGACCAGGUGUUAUUUCUGCUCACUGCGAAGUUGGGACUUGCAGUUUG